UCUCGAUUCUUGGGAGGUUGCGCUAGGUUUCAUGCCAGCCCAAACCCGCCAACGUGCUUGUUCACCCCACACAUCCCACUUGCACCCUUGCCUCCAAAUUCCAAUCCUGGUUUCAAUAUCACCUAGGCUCUUCUUGUUUUCCUUUUCGCCCUGUGUUGAUUGAGGCGUCGUCUUGCACAACUCUUUACGAUCGUCGCCCGCUUGAUUUAUACUUUCUUGGAAUCCCAUCUCGCGGGUGGUUCGAGUAAACCCCCCCAAAAACCGACUUGCGCGCUGCCCAUAUGGAGUCCGCAACACCAACGCAGGCCGGCGGUGUCGGAGCCAGCUGGGGCGCUUUUCUCAAGUCGAUUGCGUCCUUCAACGGCGAUCUUUCAAGUCUUACCGCACCGCCCUUCAUCCUUUCGUCCACCAGCUUGACUGAAUUCAGCUCGUACUGGUGCGAGCACCCUUCCGUCUUCGCCGCGCCCGCGCAGGAACCGGACGCCGCGAAGCGAGCGCUCUUGGUACUCAAGUGGUUUUUGACCACUUUAAAGCAGCAAUACGCUAGUCGAAGCGAGCAAUAUGGCAACGAAAAGAAGCCGCUCAACCCCUUUUUGGGCGAGCUGUUUUUAGGGAAGUGGGAGGACAACGCUGGGACCACCGAGUUGAUCAGUGAGCAGGUCAGCCAUCAUCCGCCGGCAACUGCGUACAACAUCACCAACCUCCCCAGCGGCGUCCGACUAGAGGGCUACAACGCUCAGAAGGCAUCAUUCUCCAAAACGAUCAACGUCAAACAGAUCGGCCAUGCCGUGCUCACUGUCCCUGUACCGUCCUCGGCGGAACCGGACACGUUCUUGAUCACCCUACCGUCUCUUCACAUUGAGGGUCUUAUCUUUGGCUCGCCCUUCGUGGAGUUGGAUGGUAGCUCAUAUAUCACUUCAUCUACCGGCUUCACUGCAAAGAUCGACUAUAGCGGAAAGGGCUGGCUGUCCGGCAAGAAGAACUCGUUCACUGCCAAUCUGUAUACAACUGGGAAUGAGAAGGAUGUCGUCUUCAACGUCUCCGGGCAGUGGACAAAGUCCUUCGAGAUCCAUUCCGGCCCUGCGAAGCACAACAGCAAAGAUAACCUCAUCGGGAACUGGGAUCCAUCUCCGCUUAGCGAGCUCAUUAUUGCUCCUUUGGAGAAGCAACAUCCGCUGGAAUCGAGGCGGGCCUGGUCCAAGGUGGCAGCUGGAAUUUCCAAAGGUGACCUUGACACUGUCAGUCUCGAGAAGGGCAAAAUCGAGAAUGCGCAACGCGAAAUGCGCGCUAAGGAGAAGGCCGACGGGCAAACUUGGCAACGCCGCUAUUUCUCUGCGCUUGAGGAUCGUGCUGAUUCAGUCCUGACGGGCUUGGGUUCGGCCGUGGGCCUGCCCGAGAACGGCGAUGCAGACAAGACUGGCGGCCUUUGGCGGUUUGACGCUGCGAAGUCUGAAGUGGCGCACAAAGAACCCUCACUGAGUGAGGAGGAAGCUGGAAAGAUGGCGAAGGAGCUGCUGGGACAAUGAUACGCAUGCACUGUGGCCACGAGUGCUCCUUAGUAGUUUGUGGGACGAACAAACAUUGAACACACCGGUCAUCGCAGUUGUGCUACGAUUUGAUGGCUAGCCACAUGUUUCCGCCUACGCUUCUGAAUUUACGAAGCGUUCCUUUCUGCCCCGGUAUACAUACCCACAUGCACACGCCAUUGUUAUACUACGUUUUCCACAGUCACUCACUGGGUCAAUGAC